AUGCUGGUCGACACUGAGGCCAUGCAAUCGGUGUUCCCGCCAUCAGCAGAGGACCACAGCCGCACCCCUGACGCCCUAGCCACCCUCGUAGCCGCCAACGGGACCCCCAUUCACUCCUAUGGCACCAAGACCCAGACCAUCACAUUCCUUGGUCAGACCUACACCUGGCCCUUCGUCAUCGCGGACGUCAGAGCCCCACUCCUCAGUGCAGAUUUCCUGGCCCACCAUGGGCUUCUAGUGGAUGAGUUCCCAGACACUUUUAGACCCGAGCUCCACCAGGUGGCAGGAGCCGCACCUAAGCAUGGUGUGUACCCCCACAUCGAGACCAAGGGCCCCCCAACUCACGCAAAGUUCUGCUGCCUCCCGCCAAAAUUCCUCCAGGAAGCCAAGAAUGCAUUUACUGAAAUGGAGCAGAUGGGCAUCGGCAAGAAGGCUGCGAGGCCAUGGGCAUCCCCCCUCCACAUGGUAAGGAAGGCAGAUGGUGCAUGGAGGCCCUGUAGGGACUACUGCCACCUCAACCUUGUCACAACGCCCAACAGCUUCUCCCUGCCAAACAUGCAGGACCUCACCGGACCCCUCCACUGGACAAAGAUCUUUCCAAAGGUGGACCUUCUAAAACCUACUUUCAGGUUCCCGUCCAUCCUGAUAACUUCCCUUAGACAGCAAUCAUAUCGCCUUUUGGGUCCAUCGUGUUCCCCUUCUCCACCUUUGGCCUGCGGAAUGCUGGAGCUACCUUCCAGCGCCUAA